AUGGAUUCUUGGGAUGACGAUGAAUUUGAAGUGCCGCCAGUCACGCAGCCGCAAAUAAGUCCAGCCACAUGGGAGGAUGAAGAGGCAGAAGACGAGCCAGUACCUGCUGUUAAACCAGACCUUCCUGCUGCCACGAAGGCUCUUCCGAAGCCUAAGCAGCUCAAGAAAAUGAAGCUGAAGGAGAUCGAGGAGAAGCAAAAGAUGGACAUCGCCUUUGCCAAGGCGCGUCUUGCAGCACAGACCGAUGAGACGGAUGAACAGCGUCGGGCUCGUGAAAAGGCUUCAAUUGAGGAGGCAGACUUUGAGAUGGCUAUCGAUGCCUUCGCUGGCGUCCCGUCCAAGCCGACAGCUGGUGUCACUAACGAUGUGGACGCCAACGUAUCGGCUUUUCGGCUGCUUUCGCUUGCCGAUCACGAACAAUUUGGUGAUGUUGUGUCCACUCGGUUGGCAGCCUCUAACUCCAAGUAUGCACUCGAGUGCAUCAAAGUGAUCCUUACGAAGGCUUCUGUAAAUUUGACAGCUGACGACAUGAAGGAGAUUACGACUGUUGUGAAUGUCGUCAAGAAUGAGAAGAUUGCGGCAGCUAAGCCUAAAGGAAAAAAGAAGAAGCAGACUGGCAAGCAAGGGUACGCCAACGUUGAACGCGGUGUUGGUAGCAGUGGGGGCAAGGCCUUUGCCGGCUACGAAGACACUUAUGACGACUACGAUGACUUUAUGUAG